AUGACUGAAGUCCAACGCCAUCUCCGGCAAUCCCUCGGCCCCCUGCACCCACCCCAAGUUGAGCGCCAGGCUAUCAAGCCGUCUAUCGCGCGCCACGUCAAUAUCCAAGUCUCAGAUCCGCUCGACCAUGAAGCUCCCGCCAUCCUCCACGAGCCGAGAAGCUACAACGCUACUGAGGCGCGAGGAGCGGCGGUGGUGCUUGUUUCAGGCGCUGGAGGUGGUGUUUCUGGUCCAUCUGGAAUCUACCCCUCACUCGCCGACAAACUCGCCCUCCUCCUCUCCGUCCCCUGCAUCCGUCUAGACUACCGCUCCCCAGCUCAGACAGAAUACUGCGUCUCCGACAUGCGCGCCUCCUUCGAUUACCUCCGCGACCAGUACACCUCCUCCCGCUUCGUAGUAGUGGGCUGGUCCUUCGGCGGAAGCCCAUGCUUCACGGUAGCAGCGACAGAGCCCGUCCGUGUCGUCGGCGUCGCAACGGUGGCAUCGCAAACCGCCAACACGGACGGCGUGCGCAAGCUCAGUCCGCGGCCGUUGCUACUGCUGCAUGGCGAGAAUGACCGGGUUUUGGCGCCGAGUUGUUCGAAGGCGCUGUUUAAUUCGUAUGGAACUACGGGGAAGAGGGAGAUGAGGCUUUUCCCCGGCGAUGAUCAUGGGUUGUCAAGGCAUGCGCCCCAGGCCGAGAGGACGAUCUUCGUUUUUGUGGCUAGGACAUUGGGGAUGGAGGCGUUGUUGGAUGCUCCGGUGUUGGAUCAGGCGGGUCGGGAUUUGGUGGCGAGUCGGAGGGAGAGAGUGCAUGAGAUGGAGAUGGGACAUGAUCUGGAAGGAGGCGAGCGGUUGUUCUAG